UUUGCUGGGGGAGAUUGAUCAGGGAGUGUCACGUGGCUCGCGAAGUCGAGCAGAUGUUUUGUGGAACAUUUCCUGGGUGUCGGCUCAGAAGGAGAUAACUGUGCGUAGAAGUAAUUCAGAAGAGGAUCCCACCCUUGAGGGGUUUGCCAGUCAGAAGAGACAUUCUCAAGGAGCCCCAGUGUGAGAGUGAAAAAAAAUGUGAAGCUCGCGGGAGCAGAAAAGGUUAUUUCAGGCCGCAGGAAGCAAGGAGGAAUUUUGCAGUAGGUGGGGGAAUGGUGCUAAGGAUCAAGUACACUGUUUUAGAAAAAGAAAACAAAACCCAAACAUGAGGAAGGCGGGCGCCACGUCUAUGUGGGCCUCAUGCUGCGGGCUGCUGAACGAAGUCAUGGGAACCGGAGCCGUCAGGGGCCAGCAGGCGGGGUUUGCAGGAGGCACCGGUCCGUUCAGAUUCACACCCAGCUCCGAUUUUCCCACCUACCCACCAGCACCUACGGAAGGGCCUAAUAUAGUCUGCAAAGCUUGUGGACUUUCAUUUUCAGUCUUUAGAAAGAAGCAUGUGUGCUGUGACUGCAAGAAGGAUUUCUGCUCCGUUUGUUCGGUCUCACAAGAAAAUCUCCGUCGAUGUUCCACCUGUCACCUACUGCAAGAGACGGCCUUCCAGCGCCCUCAGCUCAUGCGCCUGAAGGUGAAGGACCUGCGGCAGUAUCUCGUCCUUAGGAACAUACCGACUGACACCUGUCGGGAGAAGGAGGACCUGGUGGAGCUAGUGCUGUGCCACCACGGGCUGGGCUCUGAGGACGACCUGGACGCCAGCAGUCUGAACUCCUCGAGGUCCCAGAGUUCCAGUUUUUUCACCCAUUCAUUUUUUUCAAGCUAUACAGCCCCCUCUGCGACUGUGUCUUCAUUUCAGGGAGAGCUCAUGGGUAGAGAUCGGACCUUGGGAUCUGGAGCGCUGGCGCAGGUGCAGAGUGAAGUAGCUUCUACAAACACCGAAGAUGACGACGACGAUGAUGAAGAUGACGAUGACGACGAUGAUGAAGAAAACUUGGAGGAACAGGCGCCCGGCCUCUCCAAGAAGAGACUGAGGGCUUCGCUGUCGGACCUGUCGAGCGCCGAAGACGUGGAGGGGAUGAGCGUGCGCCAGCUGAAGGAAAUCCUGGCCCGGAACUUCGUCAACUACUCUGGCUGCUGUGAGAAAUGGGAGCUGGUCGAGAAAGUGAACCGGUUAUACAAAGAGAAUGAAGAAAACCAAAAGUCAUAUGGCGAGCGCACGCAGCUGCAGGACGAGGAGGACGACAGCCUGUGCCGCAUCUGCAUGGACGCCGUCAUCGACUGCGUCCUGCUCGAGUGCGGGCACAUGGUCACCUGCACCAAGUGCGGCAAGCGCAUGAGCGAGUGCCCCAUCUGCCGGCAGUACGUGGUGCGCGCCGUGCACGUGUUCAAGUCCUGAAGCGGAGCCCCGCCCCCGCCGGGACGCUCGCCCCCGAGCUCGAUCCCAGACAUUUCCGAGCACAGAAGGGACUAGAAACCUGCUGUUCAAAGUGAAGUUAUUUUUAAAAAUUAUUUUCACUACUGACUGGGAAUAAAGGUUCACCCUGAGUUACAGCAACACUGGUUCAUACCGUGCGCCCAUCAGCCCGUGGGCGGGCCCGGCCUCCCAGGCCCGCCGGGCCUCACCGCGUGUCUGUGACCACUGCUCACGGAGGCCAGACUGCUGUGGCAUCAGCUCCUCCCCCUCGGGGGGAUGUGCACCCUUACUCCUCCUCCCCGUUUUUCACUGAAACUACUCAGACGUUUGCAACUUCGCUCUUCGGGUGAGAUCGUUGCCCACAAGUGACCGACAUGGUACGCGCUGACCGGUGGCACCUCCGAAUGUUCACUUUAUCAGUCAUGUAUAUUUUCAAUGCUACUCUUUAAUGAAUGUAAGUUUCCACACUGUUGCUAUUUCUGCAUUUAAACCUAAUUGGGAACAACCGACAUCCUAUAGUCAACUGCCAGGGCCUUAGACGAACUGUGUCCAUUUCUGUUCAGGUACAGCUUUUUAUAGCAAGGGCUGCAUCUAGCUGCUUUCACUAGAGAAACGUGUGUGUUCAAUUCUUUAUUAACAUGUAACUGGUUUACACUGUUUUGUAGAGUGAAAGUGUAUUUUCAGUGCUACUGCUAGCUGAUUUGAACUUUAGGAAUAAAAUUAGAUUUUCAAAAAUGCUUUUA